AUGUUCAUCUCUAAUAAUGCCUGCUUUGCACCUACCUCUUUCUGGCUCACAGGCAUCCCAGGACUGGAGUCCCUGCACAUCUGGCUGUCCAUCCCCUUUGGUUCUAUGUACCUAGUGGCUGUGGUGGGCAAUGUGGUCAUCCUGGCAGUGGUGAAGACAGAGCGCAGCCUGCACCAGCCCAUGUACUUCUUCCUGUGCAUGUUGGCUGUCAUUGACUUGGUCCUGUCAACCUCUACCAUGCCCAAGCUACUGGCCAUCUUCUGGUUUGGUGCCCGCGACAUCAGUGUAAAUGCUUGUUUAGUCCAGAUGUUCUUCAUCCAUUGCUUUGCCACUGUUGAGUCAGGUGUAUUCCUUGCCAUGGCUUUUGAUCGUUAUGUGGCCAUCUGUGAUCCAUUGCACCAUACCUCAGUGCUUUCCCAUCCUAUGGUGGGUCGUUUGGGGCUGGCUGCCCUCCUCCGAGGGGUACUCUACAUUGGACCUCUGCCCUUACUAAUUCGCCUGAGGCUGCCCCUUUACCGGACCCGAGUCAUUUCCCACUCCUACUGUGAACACAUGGCCGUGGUCACCUUGGCAUGUGGUGACACAAGGAUUAACAACUUAUAUGGAAUGGGAAUUGGCUUCCUGGUAUUGAUCCUGGAUUCAUUAGCCAUUACUGCCUCCUAUUUCAUGAUUUUCAGGGCCGUAAUGGGUCUGGCCACUCCUGAAGCCAGGCUUAAAACCUUGGGAACGUGUGGCUCUCACAUCUGUGCCAUCCUCGUCUUCUAUAUCCCCAUUGCUGUUUCCUCUCUCACUCACCGAUUUGGCCAUCAUGUCCCUCCCCACAUCCAUAUCCUUUUGGCCAACUUUUACCUCCUCAUUCCACCCAUCCUCAACCCGGUCGUCUAUGCUGUCCGCACCAAGCAGAUCCGAGAGAGACUUCUCCACAUUCUAAAGGCAGGGUCUCAACCCAGGUGA